AUGGAACAAAGUCGUCAAGCAAAUGUUAUUGCAGGAGAAGGUGAUGCUCGUGCAGCUGAUUUGAUUGGCAAAGCUUUAGAUGAAGCUGGUGAUGGUUUGAUCGAACUUCGACGAAUUGAAGCCGCUGAAGGUGUUGCAAAUCAAUUAUCAAAAUCAAGAAAUAGCGUCUAUUUACCACAUGGUCCCCAAAUGUUACUUAACAUUACUGGUGGUAUGCAAUAA